UUUUACGCCGGGUGAACCCGUGCGUCUUUCUUUUCCCCUCACCAUGGCGGACCGGUUCCAUAAGGUUCUGGUACUUGAUGGCCAAGGCCAUCUCCUUGGCCGGCUGGCCGCUAUUGUGGCGAAGCAAGUUUUGCUGGGCCACAAAGUAGUAGUUGUGAGAUGUGAGGGCAUCAACAUCUCUGGUAACUUCUACCGUAACAAAUUGAAGUACUUGGCUUUCCUGCGCAAAAGGAUGAACACAAACCCCUCCCGUGGACCUUACCACUUCAGAGCUCCCAGCAGGAUCUUCUGGAGGACAGUCAGAGGUAUGCUUCCCCACAAAACCAAGAGGGGCCAGGCAGCCCUGGAGAGGCUGAAGGUGUUCGAUGGCAUUCCCCCUCCUUAUGACAAGAGAAAGCGCGUGGUUGUCCCAGCUGCUCUGAAAAUUGUGCGCCUGAAGCCCACCCGCAAGUUUGCCCUGCUGGGUCGUCUGGCCCACGAGGUUGGCUGGAAGUACCAGGCUAUCACAGCCACCCUGGAGGAGCGCAGAAAGGAAAAAGCCAGGAUGCGCUACAACAAGAAAAAGGUCCAGAUCAAGCUGACCCGAAAGGCAGAGAAGAACGUCGAGAGCAAGAUCUCCAAAUACACCGAUGUUCUGAAGCAAUAUGGUGUACUGGUCUAAGCUGUACCUGCAACUAAUCAGAAUAAAUGUUUAUAGAAACUA